AUGUGUGAAAGACAAGAACAAGAAGACCCUGGGGUAGAAGCUUCAGAGAGCCAUCGACUUGAGCAGCUAGGUCGAGAAAGACCAAAAUGCUUUGCGACAUGGUAUUCUGAACUGGGGUUUUGCUUCUCGGUAGUCAUGUCUCAGAUUCUAUCGGAAUAUUACAUUUCCGGCUUCAAUGUUUUACUACCGACAUUGAUUGUUGAUCUACAGCUUCCCGAAACCUCGUCCAUUUGGCCAUCCACUGCUUUGUCUCUGGCUGUCACCUCAACCCUCUUGAUAUUCGGACGUCUUGCCGAUAUGUUCGGAGCCUACACUUUAUACGUGACUGGAUUUGCGUGGUUAACUGUUACCUCACUGGUGCUCGGCUUCUCUCAGUCCUGGCUGAUGCUGGUCAUCUUCCGAGCACUUCAAGGCCUCGCUCUCGGGGCUUAUUUGCCUUCGGGUGUCAUGUUGCUUGGGAGUAUAUAUCGACCUGGCCCGCGAAAGAAUAUAGUAUUUAGUGUCUAUGGCGCGUGUGCGGCAUUGGGAUUCUAUGCCGGAAUUUUCUUCUCAGGACUCUGCGGCCAGUUUCUAGGUUGGCAAUGGUAUUUCUAUAUCGGAGCUAUUCUUUCUGCGAUCACCUUUAUUUCUUCUCUGGUUUCGAUUCCGAGCGACUACGCAAAGACACGCAAACUUGGACGACGAAUGGACUGGUUGGGGGCUAUUUUUUUGGUGCCUGGUUUGGUAUUAUGCUCCUUCGCCAUUGCGUAUAGCGCGCAAGCACCACACCAAUGGAAGACCCCGUACAUACCUGUUUGUCUUGUACUAGGGAUUAUUCUACUAGGAGUGGCCGUUUAUAUAGAAGGGUGGAUUGCAGAUGCCCCGCUUUUGCCCUCGAAAUUAUUCGCUAUCAAGUCUAUGAAGCCCUUGCUUUUGUCUCUCAUCUUUCUAUACGGCUGUUUGGGGGUUUUCCUGCUAUAUGCAGCUCUUUACAUGGAAAACAUUAUGGGUGCGAAUCCCUUGCAGGUAGUGGCCUGGACCACCCCCAUGGCCGCUGGCGGCAUUAUUAUCUCGGUCGUUGGUGGCUUAGUUCUUCACAAGAUUUCUGGAACACUGUUGAUGGUGAUGUCAUGCUUGGGGUUCAUGAUCUCCGGCCUUUUGUUUGCAGUUAUCCCUAUAGGGGGCAACUACUGGGCGUUUGUCUUCCCAGCAAUGAUCGGGGCUACAAUAGGGAUUGACAUCAGCUUCAACGUGACGAACAUCUUUAUCACAACAAACAUUUCGACCAAAGAGCAAGGCGCUGCCGGUGCGCUUAUUAACAGUACUUUGCACUUGGGUAUUACAAUCAUGCUAGGGUUUGCCGAUAUUAUUCAAACCAAUACGCUACACAACGGACUUUCUUCAAGCUACAAGGCAGUAUUUUGGUUCCAGUUGGGCCUCUCUGGCUUUGCGUUGGUAAUAAUGGUACUGUUUGUCAAGAUUGACCGAGCCAAGAGUGACUUGACGCUGGAUGAAAGGGUGGCACAAAGAGCCCUCGAAGAUUCAAGUCACAAUUUGUAA